AUUUAUAAGGGGAUUGCUAGUGGCACAAGGCAGAGAGGACAGGAUUAGAGAGCAAAAUGCUGCAGCUUCUAAUCAUUGCUCUGGGGAUUUGCCAGGCUGCCUCACUGGCAAUAUCAACUCCUGGGUCUCUUGAUGAGCAUGGAGUCUGUCAGUGUUCCUUGACUGUCCCAGAUAUGACCUUUCCUGCUGAUCGAAUGGAGAUUCUGGAAAGAGAAAACAUGAAACUGAGUGCCAGUGUCCAGGAACAGAUCACUAAGAUAGAAGAAUACAAGGCCACACUAACAGGAUGCCUGCAGAAGCUGACCAAUCUGACCAAGAAGGUUGAAUUUAUGGAAAUGGGAGGCAUCUCCUACACAGAGCUUGACUUUGAGCUGCUGAAGCUAGAGAUUAAGGAAAUGCAAACUUUAGUAGAACAACUCAGAUUUUCUAUCAAUGGUUCCAGUGCUUUAGUGGAGAGUCUCUUUGAGGAGAUACAUAACAUCUCCAUUAUGGUCAACCAUCUGGAGUCAUAUGAUAAAAACAAUGUGCUAGCUGUGCGUCAUGAGAUAGCUGCCCUUCGGAAGCGCCUGGAAGAUUGUGAGAAGAACCGUGUUACUCCAACACAACCUUCUAUCAGUUAUGGAACUUGCAAACAUGGAGGAUUGGCAAACAUCAGUAAACCUUUUGUGGUGCAGCUGAACUGGCUGGGUUUUUCCUACAAGUUUGGAGGAUGGGGUAAGGACACAUUUCCAGGAGCCAAUCAAGAUAAUCAUUGGGUAGCUCCUCUGCAAACUGAUGGACGGAUAAUGAACAUUGUGAGAUUUUACACUUCAUAUGAUAACCUCUUGCUUUACAAAAGCCCUACAGAUAAAAUACUCACUAAGAAUCUGCCAUACAAUCAAAUUGACUAUACCAACUGUGGACAAGGUGGGGGUAUGAUAGUUUAUAACCACACUAUGUAUUACAACUGUUACAACAGCAGAGACAUCUGCAAAUACAGUGUGGACACUAAUGUUGUAGAACGUAAGCCACUACCAGACGCUUCCUUCAAUAACCGUUUCUCCUAUGCAUCCUCCAGCUGGCAAGAUAUUGAUCUAGCCAGUGAUGAAAAUGGACUCUGGGCAAUUUAUUCCACUGAACAAAACUCUGGAAACAUUGUGAUUAGCAAACUCAAUUCCACCUCCUUAACAGUGGAAAAGACUUGGUCCACUUCUCAGUAUAAGCUUGGAGCAACAAAUGCCUUCAUGGUUUGUGGUGUUCUUUAUGCCACUAGAACACUUAAUACUCGGAAGGAAGAGAUAUUCUACAUGUAUGACACAAAUACCAAUAAGGAAGGACAGCUGAGCAUAAUUCUGGACAAGAUGAUGGAAAAUGUUCAGAGUCUUGCAUAUAACCCUAAUGAUCAAAAGCUCUUUAUGUUCAAUGAUGCUUACUUAAUCACCUAUGAUCUUGUCUUUAAACCAUUGUUGAAUCAGGCUUAAAUCAGACUUUAUAUUCAGGUUUACAAAUGGCAAGUUGGGUCAAAUUGAGGCUUAACUUAACUUUUUUUGCACUCCAUUUACAGCAGUUUCUUUUACAUAAGAAACUCUGCAUUCUAUUGUUUUCUCUAAAUAUUUGUAGAACUAUUAAUCUUUACCACAUUUAUCAGCACUGUAAUUCCAUAGUGUUUUAUUAAAUGCUUUUUUUUAAUUUUGCAUUAUGAAGAAAUUAAAUAAUAAAAAAAUGCCUAUAUGA